AUGCACCCUGGGGCUCCCGCAGGCCCUGGAAUCUCCGAGUCAGGCCCCCGGGAGCUGUGUGCCUUUGUGAGCGGGGCGGCUGCCCAUGUGCUGCGUGCCCUACACCCACGGCGGGCCAGGCCCCCCAAAAGGAGGCCCAACCACAGGCGGUUCCUACACAACCAGAUCUGCAGGCAGUUUGCCAAGAUCGAAGCUGCCACCCAGCGCCUGGCCAUGUCCAUCCUGUCCCAGGAGGCGCCUCCCCAGAGACCGCCGCCCCAGAGGCCGCCCCCACCACCUGCAUCCCCCUUCCUGGGCGUGGCCUGUGCCGUGGCGCCCACCGAGGCACCCCAUGCUGGCCCCAGCCUGAGUCUCGCUGCCCUGGAUGCCUCCACCCUCGACCUCUUUGAGGACAUCGCGCUCCCCCCGCCGUGUCUUUCAGCGCCAUCUGACCAGUCCCUCUGUGUGCUGGGCCAGCCGGCCCUGAGGCAGGACACACGGCUCUACGACCCCCUGCUCCCUCCCCCGCAUUCCCUGGGGGGAGGGGAGCAGCUCUUGGCUUCUGAGGGUCGCUGGGGGGGCAGGUGGGAGGUGUCUUGUGCCUGCCCUUCUCAGGGGACCCCCGAAGGCUGGGGGACCUGCUUCCCGUGA